AUGUCAAGCCCCUUUCCAACCUCUGAAGUAUUCAGUCUCUUAUGGAGGUUCCCUGGCUCGUUGGCGGAGAGCAUCUUCGUCGCAACACUUCUUGGGACGACAUUUCACAGAAGUCGCUUGCUGAACCCAAAAUCAAAUCUAUUAGCGAAAAAAAUCGAUGUCCUAGAGCGCUGGCAGCGCGAAUGGAUUGAGUGGCACGAGCGGCACGCCAGUCCUGACAACGACAACUGCGUUUUUGGAGAGCUACCAGACAACGACAUUCCUACGUCAGAGAGCAGCAGCAACGAAGGAAAAGAAAAAGAAGACGUUCACAGCGACGAGGGAGAGCUCUUGCGCUGCUGCGGCACUGACCGGCCAAAAAGAGCACUGCCCCUCGUCAUUGAGGCGUCCAACACGGAAUACAUCACGAUCGACGAUUACGUCUCGGCGCUGCACCCAUGGCUGAUGGGUUUACGAAAGGACAUCAUACAAGCUGACAACCUGUUGGGCGAUAGGAAAGCCAAGGAGUACGAACAUCUGGUGUUUCUUCAUGGUCCUACCUCGACAACGUCGUAG